AUGUCUGAUAGAUCCAGCAAUGGAUCUACUCACUCCCUGCGCUCCCAAGGUACUCUUGAAGCAGCGGCAGCAUCUGGAACAUCCCGUAAGGCCCCUGCAGUGUGGUCAAAGGCAGAGGAAACUGCCUUUCUUGAGUUUCUCUUGAAGGCCCUUCCUUCCUCAGGCGAUGGGGGCUUCAAGAUGCCCACCUUUAAUCAGGCAGCUACCCACCUUAAGGAAAAAUUUACACAGCAGAGGGGCGCAGAGAAGACUGGUCUAGUUUGUAAGAAUAAAUGGACAACAUUAAAGAAAGCAUAUCACAGUGUCAUUGAGAUAAAGUGCACUUCGGGUUUCACAUGGAGUGAUGAGCAUGGAGUAGGUAUUGCCGAUCGAAAGGAUGAUGUCUGGGCACGGUUUACCAAGUCACAUCCUCAUGCAAAGCCCUUUAUGACAAGGGGCUUUGACCACUUUGAGAUCAUGGAGCAGUUAAUGCCAAAUCAGUCGAAGGGCACACAUGUUUUCUGGCCCACCACAACAGCCGUCUCAUCUUCCAUUUCCCCAGCAACAGAGAGUGCAGCAUCGAGUGCAGCACCUCCACCACCAGGGCCACCAUUAUCGAUCAACCCAGAUCUCCUUGAGCCACCCGCUCCAUCUACCUAUCUUGCACCUUCUACUGAAGGCUUCACCACAGACAACUUGCCAUCAGUUUGA